AUGCCAACGAAGACAAAUACAACCCACUCAACCCUCUAUUUACACGACCGGCGGGAUAAAUGGGACGAUUCUGAGAUGUGGGUCUGCCCAACCGAAGACCUCAUGGAUGUGAAGUUGUGCAAGCCGGGUACGCCAGGUGGGAUGCCAAAGCCAACGCAACUCCAUAAAGUCAGGAUCGGAUGUAAUGGUCUACGUUGCCCUCACGACCACGUGUAUGUCGAUGUCGGCAAGCCCAAAUUUACGCGCACUUGUCCCCGCCAGGCGGUCGUUGCGGCCGCUCACUGGCGCAACUAUUGCUUUCUGGAACCCGACACGUACGAGCAUCCCGCCCUCUGGUGUAUACCCGCCACCCCUUACGAUGAGACAUUCGAUGGUCCCGGUAUUGACAGGUGCUGCGGUGAGUGGGUUGACGUUAACGAUCCGUACCUCCAGGAUUACCCAACCGCGCAAAAGAACGACGGCACCUAUUAUGAGAACAUGGUCAACAGAGAUGGGGAGUUUAGAAGGGUGAUCAAGCCCAACCCAUGGGAAUUUAAUACGAAUGAGGGCUUCUGUCGAACGUGGAUGGCGGAAAGUGAGGCCGUUUUUCAGUAUUUCAUGCAGAACCUGGAGUCAUGGCUCGUUUCCGAUGCGGAUUUGUUAGGCCAUGGCGGCCCUCGAUUCCACAUCAAGUGGGACACGGCCAAAUCGAGAGGCUUGCCGGACUCGCCGGUAAAGCCAUACGUGACGGCGAAUCCGGCAAACAUGCCGUACCACGGCCAAUAG